AUGGCUUCCACACAACCGGCUGGGUCUUCUGCACCUUCGUCUAACUUGAACUCUCCGAUCUUGGCUCCUGGAGGAACACCAUUUUUCGCCGGUUCCUUACCCGAUUCUAAUGCGAGGUCUUCUCCUAUACCUGCAAGCAAUGCCCCUGCACAAGCCGAUGGAUUGAAGUCAAAGCGUACCAAACGUGACAGCCGCAAAAAGCGUGAGGCCAAGGGUCUGGAUCAGGAAAGCAUGCCACCGAAGAAGCGAGCAGUUGCUGUCCAAAACACUGCACUUCCCAGCUCAGAUCUCAGCAUACUAAGGCCUCUUUUGCUGGCAGAGCCUCGCUCAUCCGAUUUGUUACCCCCACAACCCCGGCAGCUGAAUUUUGUCAACCGAAAAACAUCAGACGUUAUCGGUCAGAGCUGGGACUUCUUUGAGAUCGUCGAUAAGCUCACCAACAAGAAUGGAUUUCGUUAUAGCUACGCCAUAGCUGACCCCAGCUUUCCGCAUAUCAAAUACCGCCAGACUGAUGUUCAGCCUUACCACGCCCGCUUCAGCUUCGAAGACUCUCCAGCUGCCAUACUUUUCAGUAAAGACGCUCUCGCAGUUACUUCUAACGAGCCUUGGCAUACUGCACGCGCCAAUGUCUGCGCGCGCGAGGGAUCUUAUUACUACGAAGCGCGCAUCGUCAGUGGUGUCAUGAAUAAUUCAUCGGCUCCCUCUUCAAAUAGCAAUGGAAGUUUACCGUCCAGGGGACAUGUACGUCUCGGUUUCGCACGAAGGGAGGCAGACCUUGAUGCCAAUGUUGGCGUCGACUGUUAUGGAUACGGUAUUCGUGAUGUGAAUGGCGAGGUUGUCAAUCGGAUGCGGUGCGAGUACUUCUUUCCAAAAGGCGAAUCCAUUCGUGAGGGAGAUGUUAUCGGCCUACUAAUCACCCUCCCGCCACUCUCUCUUCACAAGAAAGUUGUAGAGGGAACUUAUGAGUCAGGUGCGGAUGGCGAGGUUUCAACACCAAGCUCAGAAGCCCCGUCAGUCACAAAUAUAGUCCGUGACCGCAUUCCUUUCCACUAUAAAUCAGACUUUUGUUGGCAACAAUCGAACGUGUUUCCAACAAAACAGCUACGCGAUUACGCAUUUAACCUCAAAGAAACACCUACGUUUGGGCCUCCAUCUCCGUUCAAUGCUGAGGAUGCAUCCUUGCGGACUCUACCCGGUUCAAGCAUCACAAUAUACAAGAACGGUGUAAAGAUGGGCACUCCUUUCGAAGAACUGUAUGCUUUCUUACCACCGGCUAGCCGACUCGCCAAUGGCACGAAUAACUUGGGCAUCGGUGAGCGCGAGAAUGCAGAUGAUGGAAUGAUCGGUUAUUAUCCCGCUGUCAGCUGCUACGGCGGAGGCGCGGUUGAAUGCCGCUUUGAGGGGCCAUGGUGGGUGGGCCCGCCAUCUCAUACAGACAACGGCGAGCCAAUUCGGGGGAUUGGCGAACGAUUCAAUGAGCAAAUAGUUGAGGACAUAAUUGCAGAUAUCGUGGACGAGGUUGAGGCGAUGUGCGUCUGGGGCGGAGUAGAUGGCAACGUUGUCAACAAUGCAGAGAUCGAUGGCUCUGGAACUGGGGCAGUUGGUGGCUCCGAGGUGUUGAAAGGUGGUGUCAGUGCGGCUUAUGAGUCCGCUAUUCCUCCAGUUGCCGACGGUCAAACCGAGGCUGCUGCUAAUCCCGCUGGCAAUGGCAACGAAGCCGGAAGUGUGAUGGACCUAGAUUCAGGCCAGACCACGCUCGAAGACACCACGAGCGCCGAUGCCACGGUCCCAGAGGCACCUCAGACUACAAUACCCGACGCGCCAACUGGAGAUGGAGAUGUUGAGAUGUCUUGA